AUGAGGUCUUUACUAAUUGUUUUAAUAUUUUCAACAUUUUUUGCAACUUUGGAAACUAGAAUUCUUCACAGGCCUCGUGACUUCCGAUGUGGUCGAUUGAUUGUCUUUGGAGACAGUUUAUCGGAUGACGGCGUUGAAGCUGAAGGAGAAAGUCACGGAUUUCUGAGAAACUGUAAUGGAAAAGUAUGGCCGGAGUAUGUAAAUGCAAUGUUGGAAUGUGAUAGAUAUGUAAACUACGCAUACAGCGGAGCGAAAUCGGGAAUAGGAAACUUCUAUUUCGACUCUUUUUCGGGAAUUCAAUGGCAGAUCAAUCAGUUUUUGUCGAAUAACAAAUUUCUAUCGGAUGACCCGUUGGUGAUUCUCCAAACGGGAGGAACCAUUGAUUUCUUCGGUGGAGAUACGAAUUCGACUGAAGUUGUAGAGAAUAUUCAACAGACUAUUCAGAAUAUCACACAGACAAUGUCAUCUGGAACUCUUGUUAUUUUAUCUCUUCUGGAUGUUUCCAAUAGUCCAGGUGUUCAAGCAGCAGAAGAUUCUGAAAUUCUUCAAGAACGACUUGGUCACUUGAUAUCAGAGACUAAUCGGCAACUACAUCAUAUUGUUCUUGAUAGUGAUCUGGGCACUCGCCGUCUAAAUCCAUUUCUUCGUGUUCGACUAAUCGAUAUCAAUACAGUGGCAUUAGCAGCUAUGCAAUCAUUGAAUACAACUGAGCCGUUCACUCAUCACUCUCCGGAUCUCAUACCCCAAGCAAUAUAUAAAUAUGCUUAUCACGACCUCUGGAAUCCUUCAACAAUCGUCCAUUACCACAUCGCAAAGGAAAUCGUUCGAAAUCUUCAGCAAUUCUAG